AUGACAAGGUCUGCUCUGGGAAUUAAAGACGACCUUCAAACAGUUACAGCAGAAGGUUAUUCAGCUACAAAAGCAGGACAGGCUGAAGCUGUUCCACCAACCCCUCACCUCAGUGACUGGCAGUUGGCAAACCCUUCUCUGCCUCAUGAGCUGAAAAAGCUUAAUGGCAUCAUGGAGGCUGAACAGGUCAACAAGCAUUUGUUGUUAAGAAGGAAGCGAUCCAUUCUGUUUCCCAGUGGAGUUAAGAUCUGCCCUGAUGAAUCUUUUGAGCAGGCUAUUGCCAAUCAUCUGAAAUAUUUCAGGCUCAGAGUGUGUCAGGAAACAGUCUGGGAGGUGUUCAAGACAUUCUGGGAUAGACUGCCAGAGCGUGAAGAAUUCCACACCUGGAUGAGCCUGUGUGAGGAAGGAACAAUGAGUAUCUUUGAAAUGGGCAUGAACUUCAGUCAGUCUGAGGAGCACCGGAAUCUGAUUGUGAGGAAAAUGUCCUAUACAAAAGAAGCAAUGGGCAGGUUCUGCACCGACUGGUCAUGUGGUGGGACCCCAACUCCAGCUUCGGAUGCUGAUGUUACUACACUGAGAGAUGCAGCUGCCAAUGUUUCUCCCCCUCAUGAGAUCUCUGUUGAAAGUCUUGUGGCUGGUACCAUUCAUGAGGUUGAAGAUGCAGACACUAAUAUCAAUAAUGAGAUAAAGAAGCAGGAUGAGAAGCUAGUGAGACCUGUAACUGAGCAGAUGAUUGAGUUCAGCAUUGUGAUUUUUGGUGAGACAUACAUUGAGGAGCUGAAGGAUCCAACUGCCGUGAGGCGUCAGCUGCUCUCUGAACAAAUCCUUUCACAGAUUGAAAGUGUAUUUGAAGGACUACCUGGAUACAAAACCAUCCGCAUCCUGGAUUACAGCUUUCCUGAGGAGGACAGUGGAGUGGAAGUUCACUUUGCUGCUACUUUUGAUGGAAAAGCCAUCAGCAAUGCCACCUGGGACCUGAUUAACCUUCAUUCCAACAAGGUGGAGGAUAACUCCUUUAUGGACACAGAGGAUAAUCCAACAGUUGUGUACACCAUCAGUGAUUUCCAAGAUUAUAUUGCUGAUAUCCUCCAGAAAAAUGCCUUGCUUGGAAACACUUCCCUGUCUUUAGACCCUAACUCUCUCCAGCUUACUAAGGUAAAGGAAAUACUACACCCUAUACCAGAAGACCCAUCCUGGAUUACUGAGCAUUCAGUUGUGCUGGAGCACCCAAAGUUCGAUGACAGCACCUUUUUAGCUGAACGCCCUUCAGCAGAUGAAUCAACUGUCAGCAAUACCUUGCCCUUUGAUUUCACCAAACCAGAUUCCACUUCAGAUAGUGAACAGUUCAAUGGCAAUGAAAUCCGGCCAAGACCAGGAAAUCCUGACUCUGAAGCCAGUUUGGCACCUGAAGCUCCGCUCUCCUCAGAGACUGACAUCACUUCUUUGCCUGAUGGGCUGAAUUUAGAGGAUGCAAAUCCAACUCUUAAUUUGGUCACUGCACCAGAGUUAGAGCAUGAUUCUGUGGACUCUCCGGAAUGGCUUUCAGCCUCCAAUUCUUUAGAUGGGUUUGAAGGUACUAGUCUAUCUGAAAACUAUUUGCCUUUGAGUCCUCCUCACCUCGUGCCUGAAGAACCUCCAUCUACAGAUGAUUACACAGUUCCUCUGCUUUCUGCACCAACAGUGUCCUCUUCCUCAGUUGUAGAGACUGGUAUUAAAGAAACAGGAUCUGCUGAGAAGGAAGAAAUAACUCAAGGUAGUCCUGCAGGCAGUAACAAUGCAGACUCUGUGUUGCAUGAGUCUGUGGAAGAAAUUCCUUUUCCCUUAGAAUACCACCCUGUGGAAGAUGGAAUAUAUCUAGGAGACAGAGUUAUAUAUGAUGAUGGGUCUGGUUCAGCUUUUGAUGGUUCAGGAAAAGAAAUGGAAUCAAGUAUUUGGCCUUGGGAAGAUGCAACACUGGAACCGGUUUUCUACCCUGGUGCUGACAACUGGCUUGAAGAUGACAACGAGUCUUUGCUAAUUAGACCUGAUGAUAUUCCUGAAGGCAUGAUCUUAGACUAUAUUCUUAACUCUAAGAAUAAAUUAGAAAACAGUCCUUCCAAAGAAGAGAAUGAAGGUAUGGCCAAUCUAAAAGAAGAUUUCCUUGAUGAAUCUGAAAUAUUUGUCUUUCCAGACACUACAACUCAGCAGGUACAUCUGUUACAGACAGAAGAGCCAUCACCAGUGGAACCAUCUACACAGACACAAACAUUGAGCAACUACAUUUCUUCUGUUACACCAUCCUUGGUCUUGGAGCCUUCAGUGGACCAUUCCUUUGUAGACAUGCCAACUGGGGAGGCCCCUGUUUCACCACACAAUACUGGUCUUUCUGUGGAAGAUAUGAUCCUUGCAGCUACAGGGACUGUCAGUAUGGAGCAACCUGAAGAGUCCAGUAUAGGUCAGAACAACAUUUUUGAAGCAGCUGAACACCAAAAUGAAGAUAGGACAAUGACAGAAGAACUACUCACAGUGGAGCAGUCAAAUGCAACUGAAGCUGCUACAGUAGGCCACUGGGACACAAGCUCCUCAGAAACUAUCCUGACUGCAACUUUUUCCAUGGUAAACCCUGAUGCUUCCAUGGAAGACACUGAUGCUUCUACAGAAGAGCAGCAAACCCUAGAUUCAUCACUGGCAGUCCAAGACACUACUGAGUCAGCAGUGAAGAAACCUGAUGAUGUUUGGCCUACUGACAGAGCACUAGAAAGCUCACUAGAUCAGACAGUACAUUCAGCAAUGCCACCUGUCACUCAAGCUGUGACUGCAGUUCCUUCUGUAAUAGAUCAGACCACUGUCCUAGAGGGCUUUGCUGGACAGGGUAGCACAGACCACAAUGCAGAUAUUCCCAUGGGCUUCAGCAGUGUUAUGAACUCUUAUGUGACAUUGAGUGCAACAAGCAGCACUGUUGAGCUUCCCUCCCAUUUCCCUCCUGUGGGAUCCACGGUGUCAUCAUCUGUGGCUACCUCAACAAAGCUGGGAGAUGAAACUGUGAGAGUCCUGGAUGUUUCAAUGGACCUGGAUCGUGUGAGCUCUGUCCACUUUUCUCCUGACCUGACUGAGGAGGGAAGGAGCAUGACCGAAAGUCACGUGGAGCUAACAACUCAUGUUCAGUCCACAGAGAUGGCCAGUGUGGCUUGGGCCACACGUGAAAAUGGCUAUAGUACUCCUGUCCCCUCAAGAGCUCUAGUGGUGUUCUUCAGUCUUCGGGUUACCAACAUGAUGUUCUCAGAGGACCUGUUCAAUAAAAACUCCCCUGAAUAUAAAGCGUUGGAGCAGCGAUUCUUGGAACUGCUUGUGCCCUACCUCCAGUCAAAUCUGACGGGCUUCCAGAAUCUGGAAAUCCUCAACUUCAGAAAUGGCAGCAUUGUGGUGAACAGUCGAAUGAAAUUUGCCAAACCUGUGCCUCGGAAUGUCACCAAUGCUGUGUACAUGAUCCUGGAAGACUUUUGCAACACUGCGUAUCAUACCAUGAAUCUGGCCAUUGAUAAAUACUCCCUGGAUGUGGAAUCAGGUGAACAAGCUGAUCCCUGCAAGUUCCAGGCCUGCAAUGAGUUCUCUGAAUGCUUGGUAAAUCGCUGGAGUGGGGAAGCUGAGUGUGUCUGCAAUCCUGGCUACCUAAGCAUUGAUGGGCUGCCAUGCAACAGUAUUUGUGACCUGCAACCAAACUUCUGCCUGAAUGAUGGGAAGUGUGACAUAAGCCCUGGGCAUGGGGCCAUAUGCAGGUGUCGUGUGGGAGAGAACUGGUGGUAUAGAGGGGAGCACUGUGAAGAAUAUGUGUCAGAGCCACUGGUUGUGGGUAUUGCAAUUGCUUCUGUAGCAGGAUUCCUUCUUGUAGCAUCUGCUGUCAUCUUCUUCUUGGCCAGGACCCUUCGAGACCAAUACACAAAGACUGACACUGAGGACUCACAGGGGCAGGGUGACAGCCUCUCGUCCAUUGAGAAUGCAGUUAAAUACAACCCCAUGUACGAAAGUGACACGACUGGCUACAGCCAUUAUUACAGGAGAUACCCACAACUAACAUCCUACAGCUCCACCAGUGCAGAUACAUCCACAGACUACAGCAGUGAAGAGAUCAGGCACAUUUAUGAAAACAGUGAGCUUACUAAGGAGGAAAUUCAGGACAGAAUUCGAAUUAUAGAGCUCUACACUAAAGACCGUCAGUUUGCAGAGUUUGUCAGGCAGCAUCAGAUGAAGCUGCUUUAAGAAAAAAAGAAAUCAGUAGAAUACAUGUGGAAGAUAAAGGCUGCCUUGUUGCCAUAGCAAUGGGCUCAGAUGUAACUGCAAAGUUACUUAUAGUCUUAACAUUGCAGGGAUGGAUACAGAUGUUUUUUGCAUGAAUGGCUAAAAUAUACAGAUAUCUAUCUCAAUUACUUCUGGCUUUUCUGUGUAAAGUGACGUUUUUAAGAGGUGAUCAGAAGUGGUAGAGGUUAUGAAAGUUCAUUUUCCUUUAACUCUGAAAUGGACAGCAAAAGUUUGUAAACCAAGGCAAAAAAAAAUCUCAUCAGGUAAGAGAAGAUACAUGCACUACCAAAAUAAAAUGCACAUUUAAAAUCCCUCUUUGGCAUUUACCUCCUCACUGGAGGCUUUCACAGGUAUCCAGGUGUGUAGCAAUUUCACAUGUAUCCAGCACUAGUGGAAGAAAUACUUUGUGAAUGAUUUGUAGGGGAGCGUGAUUGUGCUAGAAUUAUUUUAGCAUUAUUUUAAAGCAUUCCCAUUAUAAA